AUGUCUGCUGCUUGGUUAGAGCAGAGGAGUGUGUACUAUCUCGUCUCUUCGGUAGCGGUGGCACUGAUGCUCUCGGCGUCCUGGCAAUGGCUCCCGGGAGCCCCGAGCCAGCCCGCCCGCAUGCGCCUGUUCAUGCACGACGUGCUCACCGGCCCGGGCGCCACGGCGGUGGUGGUCGUGAACGGCACAGGGCCGGUGGUUCUCGGGGGUGAGCCGCCGCUGCGGUUCGGGCAGGUGGUCAUGAUCGACGACUCGCUGACGGAGGGGGCGAGCCCGGCGUCGAGACCCCUGGGAAGAGCUCAGGGGUUCUACGCGUUCGCGUCCAUGCACGGCCCUGCUCUGCUCUUGUGCAUGAACGUGGUGCUCACGGCGGGGCCCUACUCCGGCAGCACCUUCACCGUCUUCGGCCGCGACAACAUCGUGGAGCCGCUACGGGAGCUUUCGGUCGUCGGCGGUACGGGGAGGUUCAGGAUGGCGACGGGCUACGUGCUCUGGAGAACUUCGAGCUGGGAAGUACACAAUAAUGCCGUCCUCGAGUUAGACGUGUUUAUCUACAUCCCCGCCCAUGCAUGACCACGCCAUCUAUUGCCUUGGGCCGAUUGGUCUCAGUCUU